GCGGGGCCCGGGGAGCAGCCGCGGCGAAGUCGGCUGGGGGAGCCGGAGGGACCGGAGUGAGAGCCGAGCGGAAUCUGCGGAGGCGGAGGCGGUGGCCGCAGCGGCGGAGCUGGGAGCUGGAACAGGACCAGAGAUCUCUAGACGAGGGGCCAGGCCAAAACUAGACUGCCACUGCCCCCAUUUGGAUCUCACUGUCCUCAGAAAGCAGCUGCUGUGAUCAUGGGGAAUAUAUUUGGAAACCUCCUCAAGAGCCUGAUCGGGAAGAAGGAGAUGCGCAUCCUAAUGGUGGGCCUGGAUGCCGCAGGAAAGACCACCAUCCUGUAUAAGCUGAAACUGGGGGAGAUCGUCACCACCAUCCCCACCAUUGGGUUCAAUGUGGAGACAGUGGAGUACAAGAACAUCAGCUUCACGGUUUGGGAUGUGGGUGGCCAGGACAAGAUUCGGCCCCUCUGGAGACAUUACUUCCAGAACACCCAAGGGUUGAUUUUUGUGGUCGAUAGCAAUGAUCGGGAGCGAGUAAAUGAGGCUCGGGAGGAGCUGAUGAGGAUGUUGGCAGAGGACGAGCUCCGGGAUGCUGUGCUCCUUGUCUUUGCAAACAAACAGGAUCUGCCUAAUGCCAUGAAUGCAGCCGAGAUCACAGACAAGCUGGGCCUGCAUUCCCUGCGUCAUCGCAACUGGUACAUUCAGGCCACCUGUGCCACCAGUGGGGACGGGCUGUACGAAGGCCUGGACUGGCUGGCCAAUCAGCUCAAAAACAAGAAAUGAGAGCCAGGCAGCCCUUUCUGACUGCCCCACCCACCCUGACACACCUGUCUCCCUGCCCCAACCCUACUCCUUCCUGUUCCUGUUGCAAGUGUGGCCAGGGCCCUGGGUAUCAUGUCCGCCUGCCCAGCAAGAGCCCUGCCUCCCCUCCUCUCCCCUGUCCGCCGACAUGACCAGUCCAGUUCCCCAAUUGCUGUCCUGAUGAUGAAUCAUUCCAAUUUACUGGAUUUAAAACAAAAACAAGAUUGUUAUGGUUUCAUGGGGCGGCCCCCCUUUCUCUCUCAGCCCCUAGGGUUCAGGGGGUGGGGUGGGGUGGGGUAUUCUGUUUGCUUCGUUUGGCUCUGGUUGCUGUGCUCUUGGCAUCUGAGUCCCUUCCCUGUCCCCACAAGCCCCUCUCCUACUCCCCAUCUUCCCUUCCUUCACCACCCUCUCCCUGUUCUACGAGGAAAUUGCACGGUCCUCUGUGUGUGUGUGCAUGUGUGCGUGUGUAUAUACAUGUAUAGAGAGAUAUAUAUGUGGGGACCAGGGAGAAGGGUGGAGGGGGCAGAGUAUGACUCAGGGCUUGGAGCCAGCGUACUGCCCGCUCUACCCUGUCACCUGCCCCUCCCAUGCUGGUAAGAUAAAGGGAGGAAGGUGGCAGGAUUUUAGUCAGGCUGGGCUGCCCCAAUCUUGGGCUUGUUCCUCUCUUCUCUGCAGGUAGGUUUUCCCAGCUGAUAGGACAGAUGAUGGAUUCUCCACCACCAACUUCCUCAUACCCCUCUCCCUACCCUGUUUAGGGUAGGGUGGUGGUGGUGGUGGCAUUUGUCUCUAGAGGACUGUUCCCAAGGAGAUGCCAUUCAGCUCUGCCUUGUUAGCAAGAAGGAGAGAGGAACCUAUUGAUGCUUAUCAGCCUGGAAUGUUCCACUGAUCCUGCCCCACUAUCCUUAGAUCUCUUCCUCAGGAGCUUGAUGGGGAGGUGGGGGUAGCAAGACUGUGGUUUGUGUUUGGGAUCCAGGGCACUGGGGGGAGGGCCUUAGGUUUUCUGUCUUCAUUCUCUUUUGUUAUUAGGAGAUGGUGAGGCAUGGAUCAGUUCCCCUCCUGCCUUCCUAACCUCCCCCACCCCAGCUCUUCUUUUCUGAUCUUGGGAGCUGGGCGGGUCGUCUGUCCUUUGUCAGAUGUUUUCUCACCCUGGUAGACCUGCUGGCCUCACCAGGGCUGGCUGGGUGGUUUAACGGGGAGCUGGAGAGUGGGGGUGCCAUAGCAGGUAUCAAAGCAACCCUUCGUUCUCCAGCACUCUGUUCUAGUCCAGGAUGUGCUAAAGGAUGAAGAUUUUGAAUCCUGUUUCCAGGCCCUCAGACUAUCCUCCAUCCCAACAGCUUUCCCCUGACCUCCUUACCUACUUCUCAUAAAUAGAUCAAGGGGUUGGACUGGGAGAAAUAGAACCCUGAAGUGGCUAUUGGUGCUGGUGGGAUGCAGUGCUCUGCAGGGUCUUCUACCCAUUAUGUAGUUGUUCAGAAGCUGUUGCUACUGCGUUUCUCUGUCUACAGGGGGCGCUUGUGCCUGUGCUCCUGGCCUGGAUCCUGACUUCUGCGGUUUCUGUGAAGCCGUGGCUGCUCUUUGGGCUCGUGUGUGUGCUGGCUGCGCCCUGAGCUCCAAGACAGCCGCCCAUAACCCUCAUCCUCAGGUCAGGGCCCAGGGCCUCCCCACAGCUUGCCCAAGGGAACUUCCUAGAAGGGCUGACCCAAGCCCUACCCCAUGGGGCCAGGUUUCCUGACACGUUUGUCUGCAACAGGCAGAUCAGUACUCCCCACCCACCCCAUCCCAGAUUGAACUGUGAAAGAGGUACCAGGGGCAUCUCUCUCAGUGCCAGUUGCUUAGUGAUAUGUUACUUACCCAAGAUGCAGUGGGUGUGCGCAGGUAUCUUGCUCUCUAGGCCUUUAUGUGUAUGUGAGAGUGUGUGUGUGCGUCUUUGGCAGCUGGGGUGGGGGUGGAGCUGGAGGUUCUAUUUCAUUUUAAAAUGUGUUCAUCCCCCUGACCCCACAGACACUCCCCUCUACACUUUUUCUUUGCCUCUGUCUCUUUUUGCUCUGAUUUUCUUCAUCCUGCCCUUCUUGUUGGCUUUCCCUCCCUGAGCCUUUUCCUUUGCCUUCUCAGCUCAUUCACUGCUGUUGCCUGUUUGUCUGUCCUUGAUUCUUUCCUACCUAUGAUUCCUUCACACUUUUAUCUUUGGUUGAUGAGUAUUUGGCUUUUUCUCCUGCCUUACUCCCUCCCUGAUCCUCCCUAGUUAGAAACCGGUCCAGAUAGGUUUUCCUUGUUUCAGGUCCAAUCCCCAUCCCACCAGUUUUUUGCCGGGCUCCAGGGACCAGUUUGGGACUGAGGUGGUUGGGAAGCCGUCUUGGAGGUUGGCUUUGGCGCUGCUCCUGGUCUGUCCAGCAGGGGGCAGUAAGUGAUCUUGGCUGUAUCCCUGGCUGCUAGGCCUUUGGCAGGGCCGUCCCCCAGGGUGAUCCUUUCUACGCUCCCAUUCACUUAACAGCUCUUGUGGGAUUGGGUGUGUCAUUCCAUUUCUGCCCACUCUCUCCCUCACUUCCUUUCAGGUAGGUUUGAUUUUAUUCUUUCCCUUGUUCCAGCCUUUCUUCUCCCUGGGGAUUCUGCCCCCCCACCCUCUCCUCCAAGUUUGUUUGUGGUGUUUUAGUGGUAACUGCAAGUCUGAACUGGUUUUUCUCUUCUUUUAUCCUCCUCUGGAAUGUAGAUUAUAUAUGUUUAAUAACUCACCUUCUCUAUCCUUGCCCAAAAUGUGGGAUACGCAAUGACUGUGACCCUGGUUGGAAAUUAAAUUUGUUUUAUGCAGCUUUG